GGGCUGGACCUGAUAUUUCUUGUUAACGCUGGCCCAGAAUAUUUUAUAAACUCUUCGAACAAACCAACCAGUUUUUCCGUUGACGCCAUUCAUCAUUUCAUCCUUCAAAUUAUCAGGACAAGAAGAUGACAGGUGAAUUACAGUUACAACGAUUUGAUGAUCAGAACCCUAGCGACUUAGAUCCUCUAAUUGAUAAUCGGAGUGAGAUAUUAAAGGAUGUUGUUGAUGAUCAUCAUGUUGAUGAUAAUGAUAAGGAUGAUGUCGAAGAUGGCUCUGUUCCGUGUUGUCGAAUUUGCCUCGAAUGUGACGUUGAUGCCGAUGAUGAUAAUGAUGGUGAAUUGAUAUCUCCCUGUAUGUGCAAAGGCACCCAGCAGUUUGUGCACCGCAUAUGCCUGGAUCACUGGCGCUCAGUCAAGGAAGGAUUUGCAUUCUCGCAUUGUACAACUUGUAAAGCUCAGUUUCAUCUUCAAGUUGUAAAAUUGGAGGACAACUCGUGGCGCAAAAUAAAAUUUCGACUCUUUGUGGCGAGAGAUGUGUUCCUUGUGUUUUUAGCAGUACAAACUGUGAUUGCAGUAAUCGCUGGUCUGGCGUACCUAUUGGACAAGGAUGGAUCUUUUAGGAACUCGUUUGAUGAUAGCUGGGAUCGUUUACUUUCAAAGCAUCCUAUACCAUUCUACUAUGUUAUAGGAGUGCUGGGCUUCCUUGUGCUGCUUGGAUUUUUCGGGCUCAUACUGCAUUGCUCCUCUUUUAACAGCAGUGAUCCUCGAAUGGCUGGCUGCCAGAACUGCUGUUAUGGAUGGGGAAUCCUAGAUUGUUUUCCUGCAUCCAUGGAAGCAUGCUUCGCACUGGUUCUCGUGUUUGUUGUAAUUUUUGCUAUUCUUGGCAUUGCAUAUGCCUUCCUUGCUGCCACAAUGGCCAUUCAAAGGAUCUGGCAGAGACACUACCACAUCCUCACCAAAAGGGAGCUUACGCAGGAGUACAUAGUAAAGGAUCUUCAUGGCUGUUACACUCCUCCAAAACUGGAUCCAGAGCACGAAGCGCGCUUGAAAAUGCUGAAGCUUCUAUAGCCUUGUGGAAUUAGAGCUGCGAACAUUCUUAACUCUGGUCUGGAAGCUGUAUUCUGAAAAUACGCGUUUGGAAGGGCUUUUUUGUGAAAAGUUAUUGUCGUAUAUAUAGUUUUGUAAGGGAAUGUUACAUUUUUUAUGUACUUCUUACUGAUGAUUACUUGAAUGGAGUCGCCAGAUUCUCAAUGGAGUUGACAA